UUUUCCGCAGGAGGUGGCAGCAGAAUUUGGUCCACCAUGGGAAGGUCAAGGUCUCGCAGCAGAAGUUAUGGUCGUAACCGAAGGAGUCGAAGUGACAGUUAUGACAGUCGCAGUCCAUCUCCGGAGGAAGGCUUCCGUGUCCAUGUGUCGGACUUGGGCAUUGACCCGUCCAAACGAGAAAUAGAAAGAAGUUUCGACAAAUUUGGUCCUAUAAUGGAGGUAUGGGUGGCCAGAAAUCCACCCUGUUUCGCGUUUAUUGUCUAUAGAUAUAAAGAGGAUGCAGAGAGAGCUAUACGGGAAAUGGAUGGCAAAACAAUGUCUGGAGGAAGGGUGCGCUGUUCAUUUGCACGUCCACGGACCCGAGGUAGACGAAGUCGUGGCUUUGAUCCAAAUUUGAGAUGUUACACAUGUGGAGAGAAAGGGCACUUCUCACGGGACUGCAUAGAGAUAUGGAGACAAAGAAGGCGUAACAACAGCAGAGAGCGCUAUACUAGGCGACGGAGCAGAUCAAGGUCACGUUCAAAGUCGAGGUCAAGGUCAAGAGACAGGUCUCGCAGGUCAAAAAGGAGCAGAAGUCCUAGUAAGAGAAAGAGUAGGAGUGACAGUCGAAGCAGGCGCAGAUCGAGGAGUAGGAGCAAGAGGAGGAACAAGCACAGCAGAAGCAGGUCCAGGUCAAACUCAAAGUCAAAGAGGAGGAAGAAGGACAGGAGUAGGACACCUGAGGAUAAACAUCGCAACAAAAAGGAAGAUAAAGCAAAGGACAAACAGCAGCAUGAUAAACAGGAGGAGGAAGAUGGGAAACAGGAGAAAGAAAAUGUCACAGAAACCAAUAGGUCUAGAUCUAGAUCACACAGUAAAGAAAAUGAAGCAAAUGGAAGUCCCGCAAGGUCAAGGUCACAUUCGAGAGAGGAAAGGUCAGGUUCACUCACAAGAGAGGAAAGGUCAAGGUCAAGGUCACAUUCAGUGGAAGAAAGGUCAAGAUCUCCUGAUAAAUUCAAUGAUGACAAGUCAAGGUCAGCCAGUCGUAGUCCUAGACAUUCAAUGUCAAGGAGCCCAGAGGUCAAAGGUCAGGAUGAAGAUAACGGUGACAAUAUGGAAAAUGAUGAUGAUGCUGAGUAACUUUUCACAGGUAUAACCAUAAAUAGUUUACUGCAUGCUGGAAGGAGAUGGUAUAACUUGAUGGAUUUUGCUGUUUUCUUGAGGUAAAGGAAAUUUGUCAUUUUUAAAUGCUUUUUAAUUUUGACAAUUCCAAACAAUCGUGUAUAGUUGUGAAAUAGAUCUAAUUUUCAUGAAAAAUUAUGUCAGCAACAAGACUUUUUUAACCUGAAAUAUAUUUCAUGAACUACAUAGACAGUGUGUAACCAGCUCAGAUUUAUACAUACAGACUGGCUGCUAAAGUCUUAUACAUGGUGUGUAAGGGAAGGAAAAAAUCACAAAAGUUUUAUCCAUGUAGAAGGCAAUAAACGACAAAUUUUUAUUGAAGUUGGAUAUUAUUGAUAAUUGUCCUGAACAUGUACCAUAUACAUAAUCAUCAUUAUCAUAAUAUGAAUAUGAUUGUCAUGAAAUUUUAAAGAAGUAAUUGAGCCACACAGUUGUUUUGGUGUUUUGGAAUCAAAUAAACAGAUAUUUUUCAUUAGAAGAUUACUGUUGAUUGCAAAUGGGGUUCACAAUCAAAAGUCUACUUUCAAAAUUCUUCAUAUUUUUAUUUUCAAGCAUACUCAGAAUGUCGGUGUAGAUGGAAUGUCGUGUAAAUAUGACUAACAACUAAUCAGAUUUGAUUAUGAAACAAAACUCAUUGU